CAUCGCUUGAUCACGUGUCUUAACGCGACGCUCGAGAAUCCCCUCGGUACAUCUCGCCACGUGUUUACCUUCGCCCUCCUCCGCAUUCUCUGCUCAGUUCUUCGCGCGCUCCUUCCCUAUUCUCAAACCGGUGGUUCCGUUUCUUCCCGUUCGUCCCGUUUCCCUCCCUCUCUCUCUAUCUUCUAGUCUUGAACCACCCACAUUGUCAUCGUUGAUCUAGCUCCUUGUGCUCGAAUGAAAAAAUUGAGCUAAGGAGCGCUGCAGAGCAGAGUGAGCUUCAGGUAGGGUUAGGGUUUUAGGGCUUCGAUGUUCAAAUGGGGUGCGCGAGCUCGAAGGCUGACGAUCUGCCGCUUGUAGCACUAUGCCGUGAGCGGAGAGAGCUGAUCCGUGCUGCUGCUGACCACCGCUAUGUUCUGGCAGCUGCUCACGCUUCCUAUUUCCGCGCGCUCGACCGCGUUGGUGAAGCCCUGCACAGGUUUGCCGCCGAGGAGCUCGUUGAAGCCCCGGCAUCCCCUGUUCUUACGCUCCCUCCCUCCGAUGGAAAGCCUUCGAGGUCUAAAUCCGGCGGAUCGAGCACUGUGAAGGGCGAGAAUGCCUCUGACACGGUGGCCUCUUCCCUUCCUUCGCCCUCUUCUUCUUCAGUCUCUCGGUUCUCGGGUUCGCAUUUGGAUGAAGAAUGUCACCAUUUGAAUGACCCUUUGGGUUCGGAAUCGGAAGAGAGUUUUGAAAGAAGGAACGGAGGAGGUGGUGGGGAAGGAUGGAACUCGUUUCCCCAUUCCUUUCCCUUCCCCGCAUUCCCCAAUGCGAACUAUUAUUAUAUGAAGGCUGCUCCGACGAUUCCAUCCACUGUCUACCAGGAUCCGCACAGCGAAAAGUGGUAUAAUGCGCAGGGUCAGCGGUUUGGCUUUGGUUAUGGCUAUGGUUACGGAUAUCCGUCUUUUGUUCAGUCUGGAGGCUAUUUUUAUGAGCCGCCGGGAAUGAGUCGAAAGAAUGAAGCUCCGGCUGCUACUUCAUCUGAAGAACCACCGCCUCCACAGCCACCGCCACCGCCUCCUUCUCAUGUGUCGUCUUGGGAUUUCUUUAAUCCUUUUGAUUCGUAUGAACAGAUGUUUGAUGUGUAUGCGAAGUCAAGAUUUGGGUUGGGUUCGGUUGUUAGCAGUCCUAAUUCAAGCGAGGUUAGGGAGCAGGAAGGCAUACCUGAUCUGGAAGAAGAGACAGAACAGGAAUAUGUGAAAGACACAGGAAAACGGUCGAUUUUGCGAGAGAAGAGAGUGGUUGAUGAUGAUUCGGAUAGGUUUAACUCUAGUGUCGGGAGUUCUGAGGCAGUGGCUGCGCCACAUGUGGAUGAGAAGAUUAGUGCGGUUAUUCCAGAGGAGCGGGAGGAAAAUAAAAUAAGGUUUGAUGGCAGGAAUCUGAAGAAUAGUAAGGAAGUUGAGGAGAAAGAUGCCAGAAACGAAAGGCUACGUUUUGAGGAAGGUGCGGAGGCUGUACUCAUGGAAGACAGCGGGCUGAGCCGGAAUGCGGUAUUGUUGGUUGAGAGAACAAAGAAUGUUGUGGAAGCUGUGAGGGAUAUUACGGAGCAGUUUAAAUCUGCAGCAUCCUGUGGUGACGACGUUUCUAGGUUGCUCGAGGUUGGUAAGAUACAGUAUCGACAAAGGAUAAGAAUUUUCAAAGGUGCAAGUAUACCGAAAAUGAAUGAAGCUGCAUGCACGGAUUUUGAGAAGUAUAUCUCCAUGAAGUCUAGUAACCUUUCAUCAACAUUAGAGCAAUUGUACAUGUGGGAGAAGAAACUGUACAAGGAAGUCAAGGAUGAAGAGAAGCUGAGGUUGUUUUAUGAUAGGAAGUACACUCGCCUCAAAGCUCUGGAUAACAGGGGAGCUGAGUCUAAUAAGAUUGAUUCUACACGAGCUGCAAUAAAUAAGCUCAUCACAAAGAUUAGUAUGACAAUCAAAUCUGUAGAUGCCAUUUCAAGAAGGAUACACAAGCUAAGAGAUGAAGAAUUGCGGCCCCAACUAGUUGAGUUAAUUCAUGGAUUAAUUCGAAUGUGGAGGUCAAUGCUAGAUUGCCAUCAGAGGCAGUUUCAGGCUAUUGUUGAAGCCAGAAGCCAGAAAUUUCUAUUUAAGUCUAUUUCACCGCAGAGUUUGACUGCCAAAGUCACGGCAGAUCUGGAGCUUGAGCUAAUGAACUGGUGCUCGUGUUUCAGCAACUGGGUCAGAGCUCAAAAAGCUUAUAUUGAAUCACUGAAUGGAUGGCUAAUGAAGUGGCUUCAUCAGGAGCAAGAAGAAACGCCUGAUGGUAUUGCACCAUUUUCUCCAGGUAGAAUUGGAGCUCCUGCCAUUUUUGUCAUCUCCAAUAAUUGGCUCCAUAUCACAGAAAGGACAUCCGAGGAUGAGGUACUAUCAGCAAUGCAUGCCUUUGCUACGAAUUUGCACAGAUUAUGCGAAAGCCAGGAUGAGGAACAGCAGCAGAAACUGAAGGCGGAGUAUUUAUCGAAAGAUUUUGCCAGGAAGUUAAAGGCUCUGCAGAAGCAGAACACAGUGAACGAGCAUCCAGAUGCUGCAGCACACAAGAUUACCAUGUCUGCUUCCAAUGAUAUUACGGACUUAAAUAGUGGACAUAUGAUGCGCUUAGAUCUGAUGCGAAAGAGGCUCAACGAAGAAAAGGCGAAACAUAGAGAGGCCAUGAAGCAAAUUCAAGAAGUAGCAUCCUGUAGCUUGAAGACUGGCUUGAUUCCGAUAUUUGAAGCGUUGGAAAAUUAUAGCUCCGAGACGCUCAAAUGUUACAAUGAACUUCGCGUACCGAGAAACGAUACAUGAGCACUUUAAAUUCAGGAGCUCCAUUUUGAUUGAAUCUAUAUGACUAUAUGAGCUGUAGCUCCAAUUGUGCGCAACAAGUUUUCUGGUGCAGAAGCUGGGGAUCUGGAUUUAUUGACAACAAGUUGAAUCCAGAGUUCACAUAAGUCUUACAUGGAAGAACGUUCAAGCAUUGGAGGCCUGUAAAGACUAAGAAAUGGAGCUUAAUUGGUGUGUAUGUGUGACACAUCAAGGAUAAUAUUAAGCCGAUCUGUAUCAUUUCAUGUAGCUUAUUGAUCAGUUAAUUAACUUGUAAGAGGUCAUGUUUCCAGUUGGUAGCGGCCUUCAACUUUUCACUCAUGGCUUUCUUAGCUACAUGGCUCUGAAAUUUGUAUGUUAACCUUAAGCUUAGAUGACGGAUUUGUACACAAGUAGGAUGUAAAAGAAUGUAGCACAUUAUUAUUUAUUUUAAUUGAAAAAUUUUAUGAA